AUGAGCUCGCGACAAGACGAGUCCUCGGGCUCCGGCAGGGAGGGUCUGCAGGCAGACUCCCAAGCCGAAUCCCAGCGCGGCCGUCAGGGCCAACCGCAAAUGUCUGCAAAUGGCCUCGGUCUUUCAACAUACUGGGAACAGCCCUAUGCUCAGUCCAAUAGCUCCGGAGGCCCUGACUCCCCCAUCGAUGCUUCAGCACUACAAUUCGCCCUACCGCCUGAUAUCAAUCAGCCUCCCCCAUUUCCCCGACUAAACUCGCCAUCUCUCGACUCCCUCGACCGACCGUCGCCGUACUUCGAUGAGGCUACAAACCCCGAUUACUAUGAGGAUAGGGUUCCUCUUACAUCCAGGGCCCAGCCCAUUUCCGGCUCAUUAAGCGCAAAUAUGGGUGAUGCUCAGCCGAGAGAUAGUUUUCAGACAGUAUCUGACAUCGACAAUGCGCCACCAAGGACACGGGAUGCAAGAUCGCUGGGAUGCGACUUGGAACCUGGUGGCAGACGACCAAGUUAUGGAGCGACGCUCAGUCCGGGAGGGGAGCAACGGCGCUCUCGUUCGCCCUCUACUACCGGUGCCCUCCUCAGAGCGGGCUCCAUCAUGAGGGCCAUGUCUCAGCGCGUUGUCAAUAUCAGUGGUGAAGGUGAACUCGUGGACCAUAGGACAUCUCGAAGUCGAUCUCCGUCACCGGCUCCGGACCGCCGCCAGCAGCUACACAACUCUGCUCAGAUGUUCACAGAUACCUCCUACCAUUCCCAGGUACCUGAGAAGGGCCCUGAAGCGGAAAAUGUCUUCGCUGACCCUCCUCCGCCCAUGCAACAACGAAUUCCAAUGCAGAAUCCUUUAAAAGGAAAGUCAUUGGGCAUCUUCCCUCCCACCCACCCAAUCAGGACGAAGCUAUGCGAUCUGCUGGUGCACCCAUUUACUGAGCCCUUCAUUCUCAUACUCAUCGUCCUUCAAGCUACUCUCCUGACCGUGGAAUCGGCUCCAGAUGUCUUCAAAAACCCGCGGCCUGCCGCAUGGGGAGUCACUUGGAUUGAUUGGGCGAUACUGGUGCUGUUCAUCAUCUUCACACUCGAGUUGAUCGCGCGUAUCUUGGUAUCCGGCUUCCUCCUAAAUGCUUCUGAAUACAGCACCAUCGAUCGCCAAAAAGGAGUCCGGGCCGCAGUUGUCGAUCAGUACAGAAAUUUGUUCCAGCCUCAGCGUCAAAAAUCUGUCAAGGGUCCGCGACAACAAAUCCACCUCGGCCCCUCAGCCUUCCAGCGAUCCUUCACAAUUAUGCAGGGUCAGACGCUACCACAAACUGUCGAGGAACAGCAGAGGUAUCAACUUGCCCGACGAGCAUUCUUGCGGCACUCAUUUCACCGGCUUGACUUCCUCGCUGUUGUUGCCUACUGGAUCUCUUUUGCGCUUAGAAUCACUGGCGUCGAAAGUGAGAAGCAUCUCUACGUGUUCAGGAUGAUUUCAUGUUUACGUAUCUUGAGACUGCUCGCUUUGACGAACGGCACAGCGAUUAUCCUCCGAAGUCUGAAAAAAGCUGCGCCGCUGCUUGUCCGAGUCGCCUUCCUCAUCUCAUUCUUCUGGGUAUUGUUUGCCAUCAUUGGAGUGCAAAGCUUCAAGGCUAGCCUGAGUCGGCAAUGUGUCUGGCUUGACCCAACAGACCCGACCAACAAGGAGAAAUCUUUCACAAACGAUAUGCAGUUCUGUGGAGGAUUCCUCAAUAGCACUACUGGGGAAAGCAUGCCGUGGGUCAUGAUGGGAACUGAUGGUGUCCUGGACAACUUCAGAAACGGCAGCAAGGCCGGGAAAGGCUUCCUUUGCCCUCGUGGCUCGAUCUGUCUUCAACAAGACAACCCAUACAACGGCACAGUGAGCUUCGACAACAUUGCUCAAUCACUAGAAAUGGUGUUUGUUAUCAUCAGUUCCAACACCUUCUCCGACGUCAUGUACUACACAACCAACUCCGAUUACCUUCCCGCGGCCCUCUUCUUCGGCGCCGGCAUUAUGAUCCUUAUGCUGUGGCUCGUCAAUUUGCUUAUUGCGGUCAUCACCUCUUCUUUCCAGGUCAUCCGAGAGGAAAGCAGGGCGAGUGCAUUCACAGCACCCGAAGAGCUACCGGCUCCGGAGCCUAUGGACGAGCCGACUCAGAAGGUGCCUGCUCUGCAGCGAAUCUACGACAAGACCUUCCUGCUUUGGAUUGCAGUUAUUGCUUUUGGCCUCAUGGCUCAGUGCUUCAGGAGUUCCAAGAUGUCUCCUGAACGUGGGCGGUUUAUUAAUUCGGUUGAAGUUGCUGUCACCAUCCUGCUGGACAUUGAAAUCAUCAUUCGUUGUGCCGCAGGCUGGCGCUCUUUCUACAAGAGCAAGCGUAACCUCAUUGAUGCGGGCCUCGCUAUUAUCACAACCAUCAUUCUGAUACCGCCAAUUCGGAAUUCUGGAGAGACUUACGCCUGGCUGACGGUCUUCCAAAUUGUACGAGUCUACCGACUUGUCUUGGCUGUGCCAAUGACCCGAAAACUCAUUGUUAUGGUUCUCGGAAACUCGAACGGUAUCGCCAAUCUGAUGUUGUUCGUCUUCUUAAUCACCUUUCUUAUGGCGAUUUUGGCAGCUCAGCUGUUCAGAGGCGAGAUACCAAGACACAGCCAUAGUGGCGACCUCAACGAGGUCUCUUUCUUCACUGUCUACAACUCCUUCCUGGGCAUGUACCAGAUCUUGUCGAGUGAAAAUUGGACCUCCAUGCUGUACAACGUCACGUCUUACAUGAAUGAGCACGACACGGGCUGGAUCGGCGCAGUUUUCCUGAUCGGCUGGUUUAUCUUAUCCUUCUUGAUUCUCGUCAAUAUGUUCAUUGCUGUCAUUCAAGAGAAUUUUGACGUUUCUGAGGAUGAGAAACGCCUCGAGCAGGUCAAGGCCUUUCUCCAAAGAAAAGAAUUGGGCAAAUCAGCUGGCAACCUCACUCUGUCGAACAUUUUUACUUUCGGCAAGGCCAGACGGAGAAAGGAUCCUCUGGACUAUGGCCCAGCCAUGAUGGAAAUGCUUCUCAAAGACGCCGUAGUGCACGAAUUCCUCGACGAUGCUGCAGAAGUGCCGCAGGACACACCCAAUGAAGAACGUUCGCCUACAAGGGCUCAAACGCACCACGUUGGUGAGAUCCGGCCUGGUUUUCUAUCUUCAAUGUGGGGGAAGUUCAAGUCUUCAUUCAGCAGCAAAGAUCCGAAUCCGUUCUACUCGAACCUACGGUUUGAUGGUCCCAAUGACACUCUUGAUCCACGACAAAUGGCACGGCAGGCAGUUUCUGCCACUUCAGCACGCAAGAAAGCCCAGCGCGACUAUCUUGCGAGACACCCCAAUUACAAUAACUCCCUAUUCGUAUUUACGCCCAACAACCCUAUCCGGCGGUUCUGUCAAAGGAUCGUUGGCCCUGGCCGAGGAAAUGAAAGAUUCGAAGGUGUCGAGCCCAAUAAGAUUGCUUGGUAUACUUCUUCAGCUUUCAUAUACGCAUGUAUCGUUGCAAUGGUCGUAAUUGCUUGCGUCACGACACCGCUAUACCAGAAGCAGUAUCAAGCAGAGCACCCCGAGUUCAGCAUCACUUUUUGGUAUGUCUGGACGGACUUGGCAUUUGCCACAGUCUUUUCGGUUGAGGCUGUAAUCAAAGUCGUUGCUGAUGGCUUUUUCUUCACGCCGAACGCCUACUACCGGAGCUCUUGGGGAUUCAUCGAUGGCAUAGUGCUCAUCACCCUGCUCAUCAAUGUUGGUACACUGCUAGCCAACGAUGGCGCCGUUUCCAGAGCCAUUGGUGCCUUUAAGGCUCUUCGUGCUCUGCGUCUACUCAAUGUCAGCGACAGUGCCAGGGAUACUUUCCACUCACUCAUUGUAGUUGGCGGCUGGAAGAUUCUUAGUGCUGCAUUCGUGUCCAUCUCCCUGCUAAUCCCCUUUGCCAUUUACGGACUCAAUAUCUUCAACGGCCAGAUGGUCAAAUGCAAUGACGGACAUAACUCGAUCACGCUAAUUUCCGAUUGUUUUGGCGAAUUCAACAACACACCAUUCAAUGACGAUUGGCCCAUGUUGGCGCCACGUGUUCCCUCUAAUGACUAUUUCAGCUUUGAUGAUUUUGCAGCGUCAUUGUUUGUCCUCUUCCAAAUCGUCAGUCAGGAGGGUUGGACCGAUGUCAUGUUCGCAGCACAGGCAGUCACUGGGCUCGGUAACCAGCCCAAAGACCUCAACCGUCAGGGCAAUGCCAUGUUCUUUGUUGUCUUCAACCUGCUGGCCACAGUCUUCGUUCUCACGCUGUUCAUUUCAGUUUUCAUGCGCAACUACACGGAACAGACCGGAGUUGCGUUUUUGACAGCUGAGCAGCGGUCUUGGCUUGAACUGCGAAAGCUGUUACGUCAGAUUUCUCCAUCCAAGAGCUCAUACAACGAAUCAGAGAAAACUUGGAAGAAGUGGUGUCACAAACGCGCCAUAGAGAAAAGGGGCAAAUGGUAUACAGCCGUCACCUACGUCCUAAUCUGCCAUCUCCUGCUGCUUCUGCUCGAGUAUCACGGCGAACCACAAUGGUGGACAGACUCUCGCGAUGGGUUGUUUUUGGCAUUCACGCUAGUUUACAUGGCCAACAUCGCCAUACGGAUCAUUGGUCUUGGCUGGGCCCGGUUCCGGAGGAGCUCGUGGGACUUAUACUCGCUAGUGGUCGUCACCGGCGCGUUUGUCUCUACAUCUGUGCUCAUCAUCAGCAGAAACAGCGACACUUACGUGCAGCUCCACAAGUUCUUCCUUGUGGCCAUCCUCCUACUCCUUAUUCCGCGGAACGAUGCUCUCGACCAGCUCUUCAAGACAGCUGCUGCAAGUUUAACGACAAUCGGAAACUUGCUCGCUACCUGGCUUGUGUUCUUCCUCGUUUUCGCCAUUGCUCUGACACAGGCAUUCAGUCUGACGCGCUUUGGCGAGAACGAAGAAGCCAACAUCAACUUCCGCAGUGUCCCCAACGCCCUAAUUCUUCUUUUCCGAAUGAGUUGUGGUGAAGGCUGGAAUCAGGUCAUGGAAGACUAUGCAACUAUCGAGCCACCGCUUUGCGUUGACAACGCCGACUUCUUUGACAGUGAUUGCGGCAGCAAACCCUGGGCUCGUUUCCUCUUCGUUGCAUGGAACAUCUUGAGCAUGUACAUCUUUGUCAACCUUUUUGUUUCUCUCAUUUAUGAGAGCUUCAGUUACGUAUACCAACGGUCUAGCGGAUUGGCUGCGGUAGACCGUGAUGAGAUCCGGCGCUUCAAGGAGGCGUGGCGGAGCAUCGAUCCCGCCGGUACCGGCUUCAUCAGCAAGGAUGUCUUCCCCCGACUUCUCGGAGAGCUCUCUGGAGUGUUCGAAAUGCGCAUUUACGAUGCCGACGACUCGGUUAGACAGAUCCUGGAGGAUGUUCGCAACGAUGCUGCAACAUCUGGAGCACGCCACAUGUCUAUUGCUUCUGCAAGCAACUACAGUGCGGGCAUCGACAUCCACCGACUCAAUGAGAGACUGGCGCAGAUUGACGUUGUCAAGGUUCGCGAGCGUCGUCGUCGGUUCAACAUCUUUUUCGAGGAAGUCAUGGUCUCUGCGGACCCUGACAAAGGCAUUUCGUUUACUUCUGUGCUCAUGAUCCUGGCCCACUACAACAUCAUCAACGACAGCAAGAGUUUGAAACUGGAAGAAUUCUUGCGAAGGCGUGCUCGAUUACAGAGAGUGGAGGAGGAGGUGCGCCGCAGGGUCGUACUUGGCUUCUUUGACACCUUGUACUGGACUCGCAAGUUUAAGAAGCACAUUGACAUGAGAAAGUCGGCGAGGAUGACUGCUAUUCCUCAGCUCGACAUUCCCCAUAUCCUUGUUGACGAUGAUGACACACGACACAAGUCCUCGCCGGUGGCAGGAACCGGACAAACGAGGUCAGCCUUGCUGACAGUGGAAGACGCCCAUAAAUCGGCACACAAUAGCUGGUCCGGACCGGGGCCGACAGACACGUCUGACGGCGACUAUCAACACCCGCUCAGCUUCCCGAGGUCUGGGCCUACAACGCCGAGUCACCAGUCGACGCAUUCUGCAUUCAGCUUUGAAUUACAAGAAGGUGGUCAGACUUCAGCUCAGAGCAGUCGAAGGGGAAGUGCUGUCACCCCACAGAGCCCCGUCAGCCCCGCACAAGUUAGCAACAUGCUGGACGAUUCUAUUUGGCUCGAGAGUAUUCGGAGAACUGCAACAGUCCGGAAAUCGGUUCGAAAAUCCGAUUGGAGUAGAUAG